UAAAAAAAAGCUAGAGCCUAGAAAGAAAAAAAGAGAGAGAGAAAGAAUCUGGUGGGCUUUGAGCUGUGAUUUAGCUGUCCCUUAGAAUGAAUUAUUUCAUCUCCACUCUCACCCUCUCUCUCUCUUCACACACUCAUAUACACCCUUCACACACAGUUCCAAAAUCCCUAAAAAACCCACAAACCAAACAAAACCCUCUUCUUCCUCUUCUCUCUCUCUCACUACCUCCCCCACACAAAAACACAAACACCCACAUUUUUCAUUUUCCAUUUCCAUUUCCAUUUCCAUUCAUUCACCUUAGAUCUCACAAAGCUUUAAUCUUUCCAUAAACCCCACUACAAAAAUAUUGAAAUUUUUUCAUUCAUUUUUUCAGAUGCCUCAUGUGAGAUGAAGAAUAAAGAGCAUUGUUCUUAUGUUAUUGUUCUUUUUUCAUUCUUCCUAGGUUUAACAACAACACUAGUAACAUCAUCUUCAAGUGUUGUUUCAUCGUAUAAUGUCUUUGAACAUGAUGGGUCCCACCACUACCAAUUCCAACAACAUCAUGAACUCACACAAGCUGAAACGAUGUACAUCAAACAUCGACAACUUCUUUACUAUAGAGAUGAAUUUGGUGACCGAGGUGAAAAUGUUACGGUGGAUCCAACCUUAGUUUUCUCAAACAACCGCAUCAAAAACGCUUACGUGGCGUUACAAGCUUGGAAACAAGCUAUUCUUUCUGAUCCAAAUAACUGUACUGUUAAUUGGGUAGGUUCCAAUGUAUGCAACUACACAAAUGUUUUCUGUGCACCCGCAUUGGAUAACCCUAAAAUCUUAACCGUCGCCGGAAUCGAUCUAAAUCACUGUGAUAUCGCCGGUUAUUUGCCGGAAGAGCUUGGUCUUUUAACCGAUCUUGCUCUUUUUCAUGUCAAUACUAACCGAUUCUGUGGAACGGUUCCUCAUAAGUUUGAGAAGCUGAAAAUCUUGUUCGAGUUGGAUCUGAGUAAUAACCGUUUCGCCGGAAAGUUUCCGGAGGUUGUUUUACGGUUACCGGAGUUGAAGUUUUUAGAUCUGAGGUUUAAUGAAUUUGAAGGAACGGUACCCAAGGAGCUUUUCGAUAAAGAUUUGGAUGCGAUUUUCAUCAAUCAUAAUCGGUUUGUGUUCGAUUUACCGGAUAAUUUCGGUAAUUCACCGGUUUCAGUUAUUGUUCUGGCGAAUAACCGUUUCCACGGUUGUUUUCCGGCGGGGAUUGGUAACAUGACGAAUUUGAAUGAAAUUAUUGCAAUGAAUAACGGUUUUCAGUCGUGUUUGCCGAAGGAGAUAGGGUUGUUGAAGAAUUUGACGGUGUUUGAUGUUAGUUUUAAUAAGUUAUUGGGACCGUUACCGGCGACGGUUGGAAAUGCGGUGAGUUUGGAGGUUUUGAAUGUGGCGCAUAAUUUUCUUUCCGGUAAGAUUCCGGAGAGUAUUUGCGCGUUACCAAAUUUGCAAAACUUUACUUAUUCUUAUAAUUUCUUUACCGGUGAACCACCGAGAUGUUUGGCUUUGCCGGAGGUGGAUGAUAAGAAGAAUUGUUUGCCGGCGAGAAGUAAUCAACGGUCGGCGAAGGAAUGUAAGUCGUUUUUGUCUCACCGUGUUGAUUGUAACUCUUUUAGGUGUAAAGCUUUUGUACCUUCUUUGCCUUCACCACCACCUUCACCGGUGUUUCCUCCACCUGUUGUUACUCCAAUAUCUCCACCACCGUCACCAGUAUUUUCUCCACCUCCACCACCGUCACCAGUAUUUUCUCCACCUCCACCACCACCAGUGUUUUCUCCACCACCACCGGUAUACUCUCCACCGCCGCCUCCGCCACCAGUUUAUUCACCACCGCCGCCACCUCCUUCACCACCACCACCUUCACCGCCACCACCACCUCCACCAGUGUAUUCACCACCUCCACCUCCACCAGUGUAUUCACCACCUCCGCCACCACCAUCACCCCCACCACCUUCUCCACCACCACCACCUCCACCGGUAUAUUCACCACCACCGCCUCCACCUGUAUAUUCACCACCACCCCCUCCACCAGUAUAUUCACCACCACCACCCCCUCCCUCACCGCCACCACCAUCACCCCCUCCUCCAGUUUACUUACCGCCACCACCUCCACCGCCUCCACCACCACCUUCACCAAUUCCUCCACCACCAUAUUGUGUUAGGUCUCCGCCACCUCCGCCACCAAAUUCACCACCGCCACCACCUCCACCGGCUCCUGUAUUCUCCCCACCACCACCUGUACCAUACUACUAUAACUCACCUCCACCACCUUCUCAUUCACCUCCACCACCACCACCUCAUUCGCCUCCACCGCCACCUCACUCCCCUCCUCCACCUGUUUAUCCCUAUUUAUCUCCCCCACCACCUCCUCCAAUUCACUCACCUCCACCACCAGUCCAUUCCCCACCACCACCAUCUCCCCCACCUUGUAUAGAACCACCACCACCUCCAUCACCACCACCUUGUGAAGAACACUCACCUCCACCACCAUAUCAAACACCUUAUCACCCACCACCAUCCCCAUCACCACCUCCACCACCAGUUUAUUAUGCACCACCAGUUCAUUACAAUUCACCCCCACCACCACCGGUAUAUUCUUCGCCUCCUCCACCAGUUCAUUACAAUUCACCCCCACCACCACCGAUAUAUUCUUCGCCUCCUCCACCGGUUUAUUCUUCGCCACCACCACCGGUCUCACCACCACCCACACCUGUAUAUGAAGGGCCAUUACCACCAGUUGUUGGAAUAUCAUAUGCAUCACCACCACCACCACCCUUUUAUUGAUUCUUUUGAGAACUUCUCCUCUUACCCUUUUUCCCUCUCCACCACCACCAACCUUUAACACAUUUUCAAAGUUCACAUUUUUAUCAUCAAAUUCAGUCAUAUAUAUGCAUCCGUGCCCGCGACUCUCAUCGCAAUGUUAGAGCAAAAAUCAAAUCAAAUUACAAUAAACCAAAAAAAAAAACUAGAAGGGUUUUGUGUCAGGAAGCAGCAUAAUCAUAAUUAGUCCUUGUUUGUGGGUCAAUAGAUAUAAAGAGAAAAGAAAAAUGUUGAAAAAUGAGGUUAUGGUGGAUUGAGUUAUAGGUAAGAGGAGAAUGUCUCUGUCUCAUAUUGAUUUGAAUUGUUAUGGAUAUUCAAGUUGUGUAAUAAAAAUGGCUGAGAAAGAAGAUUAGGUUGCAGAGUAAAAACAUGUAUCUAUGGGAAUGAAUGAAUGAAUGAAUUGGAGACCAUGACACCAUAAUUCAGGGCCUGCAAAGAUCAGUGUGUGGCAUUGCUGCUGCUGUUCUUGUUUGUGGAGUUUAUUGUUAUUGUCUCUCUUAUAUCAUACUUUUUUUUAUAUUUUUUUUUUUACUUUUUUCCUAUUUUUUAUUUUUGUUUCUUUUGCAUUGCAAUUUAUAGUAUAAUUUAUGAACAUUUUACAUGUAUUGAUUUUCUGAAUUGAGGUAAUUCCUUUUCUCUUA